AGAGGCUUCAUUCCCAGCCCCAAAGAUCCAGCCUAACGCAUCCAGCGCGAGAAAGAGAGAGAGAGUGAGAGAGAGUGAGAGAGACACCCCCGAUGUGUGUGCUCGUGUGUGCAGGUUUUUCUGCGCCGUUUUGACGCGUGAAUCCAGGCCACCAGGACUGAGGAGAUACCGGGCCCUGCACGCUUGGACAUCGCUUGUGAGAUUUUACCCCCUAUACCUAUUCUCCCAUUCUCCUGAAAAAGAACACCGACAAACUCAACAACCCGGGGUCGCGGUUUUCUCCAACAAUCCUCCGGUCAUGCUGCGCACCUGCCAGAGCUCCUCGCGCGGACCGGACUGUUGAAGAGAAACAGAAAAGGACAACUUUUAAAGGAAGAAGUUGCCAUUUGAAGCGGAGGUUGGAGGGGGCAAAAACCCUUUACAAGUCCCUCCAUCGAGUAGAAUCACCGGUUUUUUUCUUCACUAAUUUCAUCCUUGAUAGGAAGGCGAAACGGCGACUUCAGUUGAUUAUCUGUCUUUCCUUUGCUAUCCAAUGGAUAUUCACUGCAAAGCAGACCCCUUCACAGCGAUGCACCGUAAGUAGCACAACGCGAGUUCCUCUGCCACUGCAGCCUGUGCAUGCAUGCAGGAGAGAUAAUGCAGAAAUGCUUUAUAUAAAAAAAUAUAUAUAUAAGCAUAAUAAAAAGGCCUGAAGCAAGGAGGAGGAAUAGCGAUGUUUAUGCGCCAAGACGCAUCACCAGGCUAAUGGAGGUAAACAUGGAAACGUGAGGAUGAUAGUGGAAUAAAAAUCUCACAUUUUCACAUUUUCUUCUCUUCAAAUACGGUUAGAAAAAUUCAUAAAAACUAAAAAUGAAGUGUAGCAGUGAUUGUGUAAACACAGCAGUGAGAUUCAUGAAUUAAAACUUGGAGUAAACAAAGAACAUGCGCGUGCAGGUGCUCUCUAAUUUACACGUGUAUCAGCCUCUUAUUUCCCGCGCGCUCUCCGUGUGUGUGUAAAGGCCCUAAUAAGUCACAACACAUGAGUUACACAUGUAUUAUUUAAAUUAAUCAAAUAACACUAAAGUCUCUAAGUCCACUUUAAAUCCACACACGACGUGGUCUGCUUGUAAUUUGUGCGUAAAUUAUUAACGACCCCUUCAUUGAGUAAAUAAUUUGUAAUAUGAGUGAUCAAAGCUGCUUCAAUUAUUUAAAAUACACCGAGCAGAGCUGAAACUUGAUAGACAACACGAGCCGUGGAGGGGCCACGAGAGAAAAAUGAAGUGUUGGAGAAACUUUCAGGUCAAGAAAAGUCAAAUAAGUUCAUUUUUUUUAGUGGAUCCAAAUAACAGCUGAGAGAGUGGGUAAUUCAGGAUGGAUUAAUGUAGGUGUCACAUCAGCUCCAAAUUAACUAAAAGGCUUGAAAAUUAUAAAUGUGUAUUUUUAAAAAUGGUUAAAUGUAGCAUUAUUGUUUAAAUAAUAGUAGCCUUGUAAUCACUAAUGUAAAAUGCCUUUUUUAGGAGAGAGGCACGUGCACAAAUAAGACACAUUUUGAGCUGCAGUGUGCACAAAUAAAAUUUAAUAUUUUGGGUGUUUUCUUUCCAGGUGAACCGUGAAAAAACAUUAUUUACAUGGCAUAGUUUUGCUCAAAACGGUGCGUAAAUAUGAAAAAAACCACAAAUUACCGUUUUCCUGAAAUACAGCAAAGGCAUAAAAGAGAGAGGUUAUUUAUUUAUUCAGAAAACUAUAAUUGUUAUUUAUUUAUUUUUUAUUUUAGCAUCUUUAGAUAAAUAAUUAAAGAAAAAUUCUCAUGAUAAUUUCGGUGUAUCCAAUAUUAACGUGGAAAAAUCCCCUUUCUCCAUCUGCGUCUUCCUCUCCUUAUAACGACUUUAUGUAAUGUUACGGUUGUGUGUGUGCUGCUGUUGUAUCCCACGUAGGGCACGGAGGUGUGAACCAGCUUGGCGGGGUGUUUGUGAACGGCAGACCCCUUCCGGACGUGGUCAGGCAGCGGAUCGUGGAGCUGGCCCACCAAGGCGUCCGGCCCUGCGACAUCUCCAGGCAACUGCGCGUGAGCCACGGCUGUGUCAGCAAGAUCCUGGGCAGGUGGGUGAAGGGUCUGCGGCCACAGCCCUGCAGCUGCAGGCAGGUAGACUGGCAGAGAUGGAGUGGGUGAAGGUGGAGGUGGUGGAGAGGGAUGCAUAUUUAAGAUGUGUUCCAGUUUGUAUUUUAGGGUUGAUUUUGUGAGGAUGCUUGUGUUGAUUUUACAUUUUUGAUUAACUUAAUUUAAUUUGACGACUGUUUUUGCAUGCUCUUGUGCGUUAUUCCAGAACUUUUAGUAUCGUUAUUUACAAGGAGGUACUUACAAACAAACAAGUUUCAUGUUUUACUACAAGAAAGUUGGACUUUUGGAUAUUACGCAUGAGUGCAUCAUGUCUCUAAAACUACAUUAAACGCUACAUCUCAUGUCGUUAAUUUUGCAUUCUAUCGUUAUUUCAGUGGAGAUCGUAUUUUUUUGCAGAUAUAACAAGACUUGACUGUUUUUGCUGUCUGCGCAUUCAUGCAUGCUCUUUUAGUAUCGUUAUUUAUGAGGAGGUACUGUCACACAAACAAGUUUAAAGUUGGACUUUUGGAUAUUACGCAUGAGGUCGUGAAUUUUGCAUUCUAUCGUUAUUUCAGCGGAGAUCGUAUUUUGUUUUUUGCAGGUAUUACGAGACUGGAAGCAUCAAACCAGGUGUUAUCGGUGGCUCUAAACCUAAAGUGGCCACUCCAAAAGUGGUGGAGAAAAUCGCGGACUACAAGAGGCAAAACCCCACCAUGUUUGCGUGGGAGAUCAGGGACAGACUGCUGGCAGAGGGCAUCUGCGACAACGACACGGUUCCAAGCGUCUCAUCCAUUAACAGGUAGGACAGAAACAUCUCCAUAUGAUCUGUUACGCUUGAAAAUGAGGAUUUCUCUAAAUGUUGGAGAAUUUAGGAUGUAAACAGGUUAGUAAAAAAGGGUCAGGAGCGCUAAUGAGCAAUCAGGUCCCUCCAUGAGCUGAAUAUUGUUUGACCAAGUUCCUGCUGCCCCGUGCGCCCAAGCCCGCCCGCCUGCCUUCCUCACGCGGUCUCUGAGGUGCAAUUCAAUCUUUCAGACCAAACUCCCUCAACAAUCAGCAGUACAUCCAGGACUGAGUGAAUCUGUCGAGAUGAAAACCGAUCAAUAUUCGGUGACCAGAUCCCGUGGCGCUAUAAAGCAGGCCAAUUUUCUUUAGCACAUCUAAUGUGCUGCUGCUGCUGGAGCUGGAGCUGCUUCUGCACAGACUGAAGGAGAGAGAGAGGGAGCAACACUGGCUUUCACUUUUACAAAUGCCUUCAAAUAAGAAAUUUUAAUGUCGAAAAUUAAUGCCUCACAAAUAAAAAGAGAGAUAAAAAUAAAAGUGCUCCUUCUGUUUCGCAACAAGACUCUUGAGUUAAAUCCUGGCAUUAAAAUUCAAGUUGAUAUCUCGCUGUAAUUAAUAUUGAUGUUGCAUUAUGAUGAUGCAUAAAAGUGCUCUAUCAAUUUUGCCUUAACAAUAGCAUAAAAGCUCUUAAAAUAAGCCCUCUGACAUAGUCAAGUAGCAAUAAUCGUACAAGAAAUGUGCAGUUUUCUUGAAUAAAACAAAUUUAUAAAAUGUUAAUAUGAGUGUGCUGCAAAAAAAUCUGUAGUAUUGCCAAUUUAGUAUUAUAAAAUAUUAAAAUUUAUGACUAUUUUGGUUCAGAUGUGAACUCCUCUUAUUUUUGAGAAUGUAUUAUAACAAAAUAUCCACAUUUAAUUCAGUUUAGUGAGACUUUUCUCGUAUUUAUUGAUUAAAAUGAAGCUUCAUAAUACACAAAUGUAUUGAUUUUUAACUAUUGGGAGAUCUAUGUCUGCUACGAUGACCCCUUUUCUUCACACAGAUUAAAAUAAUCCACAUUUCACACACUAUUCGUGCUACAGAUCUUCAUUUUCCGUCAAGAAAUUCAAAGACAAAUCACUGUAGUUAUCAAAAAGGCAGCUUCAGGAGGACCCAGGACACACACACACACCCCCCCAGCAGAGAUCCCUGGUGAUGAACUUUGGUUAAGAGGCACUGUUCCAUAGAGCCAGCAUCAGCAUUACAUUUUAAUGAGCUGAUGGGAGAGCAUGGACAGCUCCACACAAGACAUCUUUUAAAUAGAGGAGGAAAAAAAAAAAAAGGGGGCUGAAGAAAAUUCAUUUCAUGCUUCGUGGCUGCUUAAAAAGCCCCAUUUAAGGAGGCUCAGACACAUGUAUGUGAUAAAUUCAAAACGUACAUUAAUAUCAUUAAAAGAGCUCUAUAAAGUUUCUUUUUUUCAAUUCCAAUUAAAGCUUUCUAUUUUAAAGCGAGGGGGAGGGGGCUUUAUGCGUCUUUGUUUAUGUGCGAAAUUAAAUUGUGAAUACAAAGAAGUGUAAUUCUAUCAGUCAAAUACAGUAUGAGAGCUACUUAGAAUUUCUAUUAAGGCUUAAUGCUGAUUUUUUUUCAAGCAGAGGAAGAAGUGUGACUGUGGGGCUGUCUGUGCUGCACAUAUACAAUAGAGCACGCACACACACACACACACACAAAUGAGACAGCAUUUGUUUUGAUCUAGCAGGCGGGGUUAAUAUUUCAAUGCAUGUUUGAAUUUCUAAAGGAGCAGUUUGAGAAAAAAAUCAAUAAAAACACCCAAAGUGUUUCAAUUACACAAUAGAUUUUGAUUUGGAUUAUCUGUUUGUUGCUUCAAGCUGGGUUUAGAGAUCUCUCAAAAAGACUCUUGAAGUUUAACUCCACAAACAUGACUUAACCUGUUAAGACAAUCCGGAGAAAAAGGCGGAAAGACUGGAGCCGGAGUCUUUUCCACUUGGGUGAUCCUGACUGGGGCCAGUGGUGGGUUUCUGUGGCAGACAGUCUGACCUCAGGACUGUUGACAAAGGAGGACGCUCCGUUUAAACACCUUUCCCCCUGCAUGCAUUAUUAAAUGCUACAGAGAUAGUGUUGUACGACGAGCGAGGGCCACCACAGCCAACAAGUAACGCUCCCCUGCUGGGAGACAUAAAACAAACAAAAAAAGAAAAGGCUUCUCAAUGGUGCUGGAUAUUAUUGAUUCAGGGGGAAAGCAAUUUUAAUAUUUCUUCAGGGGGAUUUUCAGCAACAGCCAGGUCAUUAAUUCAUUCUCCCAAAUUGCUUAUUCAAUAUCAAGAACAUGGAUACCAAAUAAAGUCUUUGAAUUUAUGUAGCACGCUCAAGUCAAGGGGUCGAAUAACUGUUAUGAGGCGAAGUGAAAAAAAUUAAAACAUCAAUAUGCGCUCUGUGGAGAGGUUUGUUGUGAGGUGGCUUUGCCUUCAAGGGUUUUUUUUUUUUUUUCAAUUUGUGACAGUGUUGGAUUAACUCCUCUCAAGUCCUCCAGCACCUAAAGCAACAUCAAUAUCAAAAUCAUUUGAUUCCUUUUUUUUCAUAAUGUGAAACAAAAAUAAAGAUCUCUGGCUCCGUGACAAAGCUGUUAUCUCUGUUUUAUCUAUUUUUUUUAAUCGACAGAAAUAGACGAAGGAAUAAAUGAAGGAAUAAAAUCUGCUUUUUUUUCUGUAUGAUGUGUAAAAACAGGAAAUUUCAGAGGGAGUUUUCCAUACAGAGAAAUAAACGUAAAAAAUAGGAUGCAUCGAUACGAUAUUUGGUUCGGAUAUCGGCUCCGAUAUUGACAAAUUGACUGGAUCGGAUAUCGGACGAAUGAUGCCUAUCCAGCGUUCUGAUCCAGUCUUUUUUUUAAUAUAAUUUUUAAUAUAUAAGUAAAUUGAUAUCUGUGUUAAUUUUUUACCUUUUUUAAAACAAGGCUAAUGUCGAGCCUGAUGCCUUCACUCACACGGCAAAGUAUACAAGUUCAAUUAUUUAACAGUAGCAUUGAAUUGGUAUCAGAUAUCGGCUCCGAUAUUGACAUAUUAACUCUAUCGGCUAUCGGAUGAAUGUUGCCGAUCCAGCGCUCUGAUCCAGUUUUUUGUAUUAUUAUAAUUUUUUUAAUACACGGGAGUCGUACUUCUUUUUGCUGUGUGCUAACGUGCUAUUUGUUAUUUCUUAAUAAAUAAUCUUAAGUAAAUUUAUAUGUGUUCAUUUUUUACCUUUUUUGGGAACAAUGCUAAUGUCAAGCCUGAUGCCUUCACUCGCAGGGCAAAGUAUCCAGUUCAAUUAUUUAACAGUAGUAUUGAAUCGGUAUCGGAUAUUGGCCGAUAUGUUCAGCCCAGGUAUCGGUAUUGGUAUCGGGUUAGAUCAGAAAAAAAUGGAUCGGUGCAUCUUUAAAAAAAAUGGUCCAGAUUUAUCCUCAAUGUGGGAAAUGUGGGAACGGUGCUUUUAAAACUUUGCAUCAUGAUCUGAGAAAGUGAUUUUUAAUGAAUCUUUGAAUGAAAACAUGCAAAACAUGCAGCAAUACAAUCUACUGGAUGUAUAAUGUGGAAAAACUAAGACUCUUAAUCUAAAUUUGCAGUUUUUCUAAGCAGAUCCUUUUUUAAUCUACUGCAAGAAAUAGAAUAAAAUCUGAAUUCAUAUGACAGAGAGAAAGAACUUUGGGUUUUAGUCACGUGUUUACUUCUCCAGAAAUAAAACACACAAAGAAUAAAAGGUAGACUGUAUUUUCCUUCGACCCUCAAAUGGUCAGAGACCCUAACUGACCCCCUUAGAAAUAGCUCUCGUGCCACACAUGAUGAAUAGUUUUAAAGUUAACAAAUUAUUGUGACAGCUCCCUUUCUCCCCAAGUGCCAUUCAGAUUAAAGGAAUCUAAUGCUGGCGUAAGCUUGUGCAAGGCAAUAAGGAACUAUUGCUUUCCUGUCACAUAUAAUUUAUAGCUUUCUAUUUGCAUCUGUUUGCCCGUGUGACUAAUCCCCAACUUUUUCUCCCCAAGCCCCGAUCAAUACAACCUCAUCCGCAUUGGCACAUGCAGGGGGGGCUGCUCGGUCCUACAGAGAUGUUUGAUCCAGGAAGCAAAGGGCUACUAUAGGGCUGCUCCCAGUGAAACUCCCCCCCUCCACUGUGAGAGGGAGAGGGGGAGAGAGAGAGAGUGAGAGAGAGAGAGAGCUGAUUAGUGUGGGCCAGGUAGAGUCAGUGAAGCUGAUCAUUGAGGUGAAUUGAUGUGAUUUCAUGCUUUGUUUGCAAGAUCACUCAGACCAAAAGUGCAAUGAAGACUUUUCUCCAUACCUCACCUUUAAGGUAGAGCCACUGACCAGCAUCCCUACUCGUGUAUGAGCUGCAGUUUGAUAUCUUAAUCGCACAAUAUCUCCGUAGCGGCCGCCAUGUAUGGACUACACGCUUGUAUUAGAGGAGGUGUGGAGUCCCAGUCAGAGGGAAGCAGAUCUAACAAAAAGUGUGAUGUUUGUUUUUUUUUUUUUGUUCCUCAGGAUCAUCCGAACUAAAGUCCAGCAGCCUUUCCAUCCAUCUCCUGAUGGGUCAUCACUGUCAACACCAGGCCAUACUAUAGGUAACACAGCUGUCCAUCACUUAAUGGGAUUAAAGCCUGUACUGCAUAUUAUCAAUGGGCGUGUCAAAAUUAUAAUGUUAUUGAUCAACAAAUGAGCUGAAUCAUUAAUAUCCGGAUAAAAUUAAUACAUAUAAAAAAAAUAAUCCAUAUUAUCAUAUUUAACACAGAUAGAGCAAUAUAUUGGUCGACCGAUACAUAAGGCUAUCACUAUAUCCUAAUAGUAUAUCGGUCUAUUGAUAUAUCAACCAAUAAAUAAGUUGACCAAUGUACAGCAAGGAAAAUAUCAAUCAAUGACUAUACCAGUCCACCAAUAUAUAAAUCGACCAAUAUGUUGAUCGAUCGAUAUCAAAUGACCAAUGUAUGACUCAACCAUUAUAUCAAUCAACCACUGUAAGAGUCUGCCUGUUUAUCAGUCUAUAAGUCGACCAAUGCAUCAAUGUACCAGUACGAUUUGACUGAAAUAUCAACCAUGUACAGCUAGAGCAAUAUCAAUCAAUGAAUAUAUCAGUCCACCAAUGUAUAAAUCGACCAAUAUGUUGAUCUAUCGAUAUCAGAUGACCAAUGUAUUAAUCAACCAUUAUAUCAGCCGACCACUGUAAGAGUUCACCUGUUUUUCAGUCUACCAAUGUAUAAGUCGACCGAUGCAUCAAUCUACCAAUACCAUUUGACCGAUAUAUCAACCGAUACAUAAGCCUACCACUAUAUCUGUUAAACAAUAUAUCAAUCUACCAAUAUAUAAGUCGACCAAUGUAUUGAUCUGCUGGUAACACUGACUAAUCAGAAUCAACCAAUAAAUCAGUCUACCAAUAUUUUACUCAACCAAUAUAUCAGUCCGCUUAUGAAUCAAUAGAGGCAUUUGUAAGCACUUUACUUGUAUAUACCUGGGGAUACAACUAUCAGGAACAUUUUUUAAUCAUAUUUCUGUGAUUGUAAAUAAAUGUUGGUAUUUGUCUUUCAUAUGAAUCAUACGCCCCCAAAUCAGGUCAAUAAGAAAACCAGACGCCACAUUGUAUAGUAGCACCAAAUCCAAUAUCGUCACCCAACAAACUGCUAAAGUUGUGUCACUAAUAUUUGUGAAUGAUGUAUCAAGUAUCUACCUGAAAUAAAGGCUGUUUGCUAAUAUCUGUCCAUCUUUAUUCCAGUACCAAGCACAACCUCCCCGCCUGUAACCAGCGCCUCCAAUGACCCGGCAGGAUCCUACUCCAUCAAUGGGAUUCUGGGAAUUCCCCGAUCCAAUGGAGAAAAGAGGAAAAGAGAUGAAGGUAAGAGAGUUUCUCUUUCUUGAUGGGAGUAAAGUAAAAAAAAAAAAAAUAGAAAAAUCACAUAAGCUCAGCUCAGGAUUAGCACAAAGCAAAUGUCGAAAAUCCUCCAAAAGCUAAAAAACUAAAUAGAAUUCUUUGCAGCUUUACGUUAUAAAACCCACUUUGCUGAACUUGCAAUUACAGCAUUAAAAGCCGCCUCAGUUCCAGUAGAUGACCCUUAUAAAACACCUAAGACUGAACUCUGUUACACCGCUGUGUCAAUCUGCCAAGGAGGCUUUUGAUUUGAAGACACGACCUCCGCUGUUGUCUCCUGCAAUUAAUCUUUAUGGAAGUGAUUAAAGGGCUUUAGAUAAUUACAUGUCAAGAUGAUGUAGCCAACCACCCGGGUCAGUCAAGAAAGCCGCUACAGCUCUGUGGAGGGCUGUUUCUCUUUUUUUUUUUUCUUCUCUUUUCUCCUUUAACAAAAGUGGCUGCACUCCUGCUGCUGAAGUAGUGGAUAUAAGGGGGCCUGAGGCGAUAUAGAUUAUUGGUUCUGUAAGCAAUAGGCUUCCUUAAUGUCACCACAUAAGUAGCUGAUGAGAAUAGCUAAACAGAUGCACUCAUGUUCCAAAAGCAUGUGCGGGUAUGGAGGGAUGAUGUGGCUGCUGAAAAGGGGGCAGUUAUCUCUAACAGGGUGGGGGAAUGAGUGCCUUAUUUCUGCAGUGCUCUGGAAUGAGAGCUAAUCAGAGCACGGCAGUGGUUUACAUAGCGUCUUCUUUGUUCUGGCGGGUUUUUUUUGUCGAGAAGCGCGGGGGUUUGCGGGGAUAUUGAGUGGAAUUGAUGUUUUUAUGUGCGUGCAGGGGAGGGAGGGAUGACUAAUGACCUGUCAGAGGUAGAUUUCCUGGCAGAGAUAUAAAAACCAGCAUGACGUGGACAUGGCAAAUGACAUAAUCAAGUCUUUCCCUGUAAGAGAUGCAAUCGUGGAGGCAUAAUGCAAACGUCUGGUGUUUUUCGAGGGUUCAUUUUCAGUCGUUCGAGGACCUCUCAUAUUAACUGGGGUGUAAUGUCUAGUCACUGAAUGAUAGAAUGCACACAUUUCUAUGCAGAUUGCAACUGAAGGGCAAAGAGGUAUUAAAGGGCAUGGAGAGGAGUGAGGUAUGUGUGUGUGAGGGGGAGAGCUGGCCUGUUUUGUGGAGGUCUUCCAGGUGACAGCACCAUGUUUCUACGGCUAUUCAGUCUCAAAUGAUUCCCCUGAUGUGCUGCCAUUUCUGUGAUUUAGGUGCUCGACUAGCAUUACGAUGAAAGAGAAGAAAUGUGCGUGUGUGUCUGUGUGUGUAUGUGUGUGUCAGGGGUAGGACUUGCACUGAGGGUGACGGAGGGAGCUGUGGUUCUUAUAUACUCUCUCUACGGCCAGCUGGUGCCUACCUGGAAGCACAGGGUCAGGGAUACUUUAUCUUUCCAAAACAUAAACCCCGGGCCUUGGCCGCCCGCACACACACACACAAUGCUUGCAAAAGCAAUGUCUCGCCUGGAGCCACAGUUUGUAAGAAUAGUAUAUUACAUAGUAUGUUACCCUGUAGACACUACUGUCCUGUUGCUGUCUUCUAUCAAAGUGCACCUUACCCCAAAAGAGAAAACAAAAAACACCUGAUUUCAAGGUCUGGAGACUGUUUGGUUGAUAUGUUCUCCGAGGGACGGCUAUAGCUUUUGUUUUUGGACACUUGAAUUACGUCUCCAGGAUUUCAGAAGUUUUUCCCCGUUUUCUCUAAGUUAAAAGCACAAAUUUCAACGUGCAAAAGACCUGAUCACUGGAUCAUUUAAGCUUUUUUGGGACACCUUCAACUCAUAUGAUUUGUUAAUAUUUGUUCACUUUUAAUCAUCUAGGGAAUUGAGGUAAAUCCAUGUGGUUUUCUGUCAGGAUUUUCCAAACAUCUAGGAGACAAUUUAGCUAACAGUAUAGCUUACUAAUGAAAUUAAGCUUCUGUUAUUACCUUUCAUCCAUUAAAUGUCAUCUUUUGGGAGUAUUAUUGAACAAAACUCAGAUAUAAUACCAAAUUUUCAACAUUUUGUCUUUUUGUCUUAGUUUGACGUCUCUCUUCAGUUGUAUUUAAGCAAUUUUGAUCAAAUUCAUCCAAGGAAUAUAAAUAAUAACAUCAAUCUAUUGGAAAUAUGUCAAGAAAUGAUAGAUUGCAACCAACACAGGACAGAAAUAGAUCUUUUUGGAGAAAGUUUGCCACAUGAUAUAAGUAUAUGAAACAGGUUUUUCCUGCUGCUGAGGUGUUUCAUGGUCAUUUCGUGGUUUAAGCAGAAGUCUGUGUUUCAGCGUUACCUUGUUUGCCUUGUUGCAGACGUGUUUUGCUUCCCUCAGAAGGCAGCAGUCUAUAUCCAGUUAAUGCUUGGAUUAAAUUUCCUCACAGCACUGUAGCUUUGCCUGAGCCCUAUUUAACUUGGUAAGCCUCAUGAUGAUUAUGGCACAAGCAGUCAUUAUCAAGGGUUGAAAACAUGAACAAAAAUGAGGGAAAGGAAAAGAGGCGAAGGGGUUGGGAGGGAAGGGAAGGGAGGGGCGGGCGCUUGUGUGUGCUUCACAAACCCCGCUGAAAUGGAUUGGCUGUGUCGUGAGGAGUAUUUGUUUUAGGCAGUAGCUGUGGCUCGGUGCCAAGCAGCCAGACAGCUCCUAAGUUUCCAAGUCAGCAGUGCCCUUAAAAAAAGUCCCCUAUUACAGCAGGGAUGUAGAGAUAAUGUAGUGUGACACACGUUAUGUACACUGGGUCUCAGCAAGAGGAGCUUCAGGGACACAGGUGUCAUAAGAGCCAUUAAUCUGCUAUUGUCACGUGUUAUUGCAAAUUAAAAGUAGCAUGUUACACUUGGCAGCCAUUGUUGCGGACACACAGAGCGGAGGGGGGGAGGUAGGUGGAGAGGAAGAGGGAGAGACUUCUGGAGAUGGUGACCACGGCUGUCCGCAAAGUGACAUAUAUUAGAAUUUGCAAUUCUGCAGAGAAAAGCUAUUACCUCACAGAUUAACAUCCACGACUCCUCCAUCCCCCCACUCUUCUGACACUGAGGGCUCCAGAAAAAAAAACAAAGGAGAAGCUGCUCCUCUAAGGGUAAAACAAGAAGACGCAUUCAUACAGGAUGUGAUGUUUGAGUGCGAAUUCGCUCUUAUGGAUGUUUUUGUUCGUCGACUGUGACUGGGCUGAAUUGACCUGAGCAGACGCUUUGGACGGUCUUUUUUGAGAACACGUCCACGAAGUGUGUCCGGUCUUUCAAAGUCUCGGCACACGCCUUUUCAGAGCGGCCCUCAAAUCGACAAUCAGACCAGCAGACGACUCUUAAUUUCAGUCAUUCGGGUGGCUUUUCUCUCUUUGUGGUCGAGGCUUUCUUCUUGAUUUAUGAGAGAAACAACAAGAGAGAAAUUUCAUGAUAAGAUGAUCAUCAUAUAUUUAAAAAAAAGAGAAAAAAAAGCCAACAACAAUAGCCAGUGGCAGUCAGAAUGGAUGUGAUUCUGUGCUUCAGUGGCUGUUGAAUUAAUUAUUUCUCCUCGCUCAGCGUUGUGAGGACUGAGCGGAUGGAGAUGAGUGAUGGAGCGGGCCGCCGUCACACCCUGCUCUGUGUAUCAGCAUCUGUUUUGGGGGAGAGGAAGAAUCAACACAGGAAAACUGAGCGCAGCCGAGUGUCAGCACCUCCAGUGCAAACUCCCAAUCAGAUUAAUAAAGCCUUUGAAAGCUCGGGAAUAUCCCAGGUAGUGAGGUUUCCACAAUCUUCACCUCUGGAUCUGGAGAGUUAUCAGGCACAGAUAACAGAUAACCUCAUUUAAUCCAUAAAAAGGUGGAAAAGUGUCUCAUAAUUUCCCUCUUUGAUUGAUAAACAGCCUCCGCUCUGGGGAAAAAACGCACAUACAUCAUGUAAAAGUGAAGAAAAAGUAGUGAUGCGCUUUCAAGAAGCCGCCGAAAGAGGAAAUUGGGCAUUUUUUGUAUGACUGAUUAUCAACAAUUUUCCAUUAAUCCGUUUUCUAAUCUCCUCCGACAACAAUCACGGAUCUGUUAAGACGCAGAGGGGAAAAAAAGCAGUUUUUCAUUUAUGUUCACGUAAUCCAAACACUCAAUUAGAGAAACCAAAAUGAGGCUGAGUUCAUCCAAUUUGUUUUAAUUUCAUUUCAUUAAGCGGGAAUUGAAUCAGGCGGGAAAUCAUGGAGGUAUAUUAUUGUGAAAUACACAACAACGUGUUGAGGGAAUGAGUGCACAUGUAUGUUGACAUGUUAUUUAAACAUGGAGCCAACUCAGAGGUGGGGGGGUUAAGCUCAUUCUUUAGAGGAGGGGGCUUUUAUGACCCCGAGGUGCCAGCUUACUUUCUCUUGCCUCUAAUACAAACUAAGUGACUCUGUUUUUUGGGGGUGAAAGUUUAAACUUCCACUUUAGAGUCUUCUCCGUCCUCUCAAAGACUUUCAGAAAAACCUCCAUGACCACUCAAUCUGCGCCCCAUUCAUGAAAACUUGCUCUGUUUUUGUUUGGCGGGGCAGUCGCUCAGACUCACUCCCACUCCCCUGAGUUACGUUGGCCGAAGCCUCCCGCCAGGGGUCGUGACCUCUGGGUGCCAAACCCACAGAGAAGAGUCUGCUUUAUAGAGCUGGUUAUCUGAUCUGAUGGAGGCUGCUCCCUCGUUACCGGAGUGUUAAUACAGAGGGAUGUCAAGAUGAAUACACUCAACUCCAAUCCGAUGAUCAAUAAACGACCACAGAGCGGGACAAGCGCGUAACGCACCAACAAAGCCAUCGUGGACAUUAGCAUAAUGGCUGCGUUUGGAGAUGUCCAAAUAUUGAGAGUGACUUCUUGUAGUGAUGAGGAGUGCUUUUUGACGGUUAACUGAACCUGAACACUCUCUCAGAGGGUAAAUACUUUGAUUUAAGAUUGACUCCUUGUGACCCAAGAAAACCGUUCAAAUAAACAAAAUGUUGAGCUUUAAUUCGUGAGUAAAUAUCACUGUGUUAUCUCUUAAACAAGGACUAAAACACGUCGUGAAAUAACCAGAAUAGUUUUGGAAAUAAAAAAAAGUAAUUCCCACUACUUAAAAAAAAAAAGGAUUUAUUGCACAGUCUUGAAGAGACGUACAACUCUUUAAAAAUCUUUGGUAACACUUGACGCCUGUCUCUAUAACACAUUAUGAAUAUAUGUAUAAUGCAUUAUAAUCAAGUUAUAAACACUCAUAAAUGAUCAUAAUGCUUUAUAGAAAUAAUCGUAACACAUUAUAAAGCAUUUUAUCAUGACUUACAAGGUCAGGCAUUAUAAUGUCUUAUAACUGUUAACAACUUACUGAUAAUGCCCACAUAGAUAAUGCAUUAUACAUAUAUUUAUGAUGUGUUAUAAUUUGCUUAUAAACUUGUAAACCUAUCAUUAUAAACACUUAUUAACUAUCAUAAGGCCUUAUAACAAUAAGCGUGACACAUUGCUUUAUAAUGAUUUCUGAUUAUUGAUAUAAAGCAUUAUGAUCAUUUAUGAGUAGAGCCCGACCGAUAUGGAUUUUCUGGGGCCGAUGCCGAUACCGAUUAUUAGGGGGGAAAAAAAUCUGAUUAUCGAUUAAUCGGACGAUUUUUAAAAAUUUUUUAGGAAGUUCUAAAAAAUAUAUAUAUACUGUAGACCGACUGAUCAAACACGGACCAGAAAAGCAUUUUCAACUGCUCGCCGAUAAAUCGGUCAGGCCCUAUUUAUGAAUGUUUAUAACUAUAGUUAUACAGUGCUAUAACGUGAUUAUAACACAUUAUACAUAUAUUUAUAAUGAGUUAUGGAGAUAAGCGUCAAGUAAAGUGCUACCAAAACUUUUUACUAAGCAAAAUUUAAGUGAAUAAUUAAAACUAAGUCAAAUUAGUAAAAGCUAGCAAAUCAAAGCAUGAUUUAAGAUAGGUUAGUGCACAAAAAAACACAACUCAUAGAAGGACAAGUGUUCUGGAAAAAGUCAUCAUCAAAACAGGGGGCUGAUCAAACCCUUGAACCGGAAGAGGAAAGGAUCUCUUUUGCGCAUGUCACCAAGCUGAUCUGAUUAAAUUUGUAGGUGCGCAUAAACCCCAGACCUGAUUAAAUCACACGCCUUGUAAACACUUGAACUCCUAUCUCAGAUCCAAAUGAAGAAAUUUUGUUAAUGUGACUUCUAACACGUGAAGCAGAAAAACAAAUGUUGAAGAUGUCACCGGGAUCAUCCUCACGGCUGCUGCUGAUUUGUCAGGUGGGAGUCUGUAUGUGAGAGGGCAGAUGGGACUGUCCUCAGCCUGAGUGGGAGGAAGAGUGUGUAGGUUGACCUAGGAUGGUUUGUCUUGUGUGUGGGAAGUGUAUUCCUCUGUGGUGAAUGACAAAUAUGGUGGGGGGUAUUGAUCAGGUGUUGUGGCUCAGGCCGGCUGAUGGAUAGUAAUUAAUGACUCUAUUUGCGCUGGUAGCAAAGAGAACAAUUGAGUUUGAUAAAGUGACAAGCAGCGACGAUGCUCGGUGAAGGCCUUCACUGAGGCUGAGAAAAAACAUGAAUAUUUACCUGGAUGGAGGGAAAUGUUUCGAGAGAGAGCUGUUAGCUUUUGAUUUAGACGUCGUGCUAACCUCUUAUGUAAUGGAUCAAGCCAUCCCCCCUACAUAUAAAGCACUUGUGGUGGCUGACUUUAACUGCCUGCUUAUUUUUUACCAUAAAUAUUUUGAUUUUUGCGCUAAUCGAGGAAAUGUGUAUCACUGAGAUAUAGAGGUGUUGGGCUAGUUGUUUCCCUUAAUCACCUCUGGAGUGAGAAAGGUGCUGAAGAUCUAGAUCAGUCUCACAAAGAACAUUACAAUUUCGAUGUUUACGAAAAAGACUGAAAUUCAAAUUGAAGCCUUUCAUGACAUCCAAGAGCAAACAAGACCAUCAGCGACAUGACGAGAAAUUUGCAUAUUGUCAUUUCUAAUGUCUAGGUAGGUCUAGGUAUGAUUUGACUGUCCCACGUAAAAUCUUCAAAACGAAUGAUGCAUGUGACUGUCAAAGACAGAUAAGAAAAGACUGCUUUGUCUGCAGGGGGCGCCAAAGUUGACACAAACUGAACGUUCCUUACAGGAGCUUUAAAGUGAAGAUAUAACACAACCGCGUGUAAACAAACGUCUUUUUUUAAGUGUUGUAUGUCUGAUAUGCGGCAUAUUUGUGGAAACUAUGAUUGUGCUGCUCAUGGCCUUUUAUGAGAUAUCAGAUGAAAAAGAGGAGUCGAGAUAAAUGGAUUAAUCCAUCUCUAUCGAUUAAUUGAUUGACGUAAUCGGCAUUAUAUAAGUCAGGCCUAUUUCACCAUCAUCUUCUCUCAAUGCAAGAUGUAUUUUUCCCAUCCAUAGUGACGGCAGCUUACACCCAAAACAGUCAUUGGCUCGUGUUUCACUUAAUAUUUGUAAUGAUGUAUAGAAUAACAAACACAGUGAAAUGUUGCUUCUGCCAUUGGUCACUCAUGUUCUUGAAUCUAUAGCACCAAAUAACCUAAUGCUUUUGUCUUUUUCACCAAUUCAUUAAAAUUUAAACCUCAAUAUUUACUUUGAUACUAAUUUCAGAUCGAUGGGAAUUCACCAUUUGAACACUACAAGAAUCUGACCACCAAAAUGAAGCAUUUAAUCCUCUAAUUUGUGUGACUGGAAAGCGUAAAACUCUAUUGGACUAAAAGAUAUUACAACAAAUCAGAAUCAGUAGUUUCUGUAUGAUACUUUGACGGUAAAUUACUGUGAUCCACCACCUCCACUUUCUCUCUAAAGACCAAAAACCUAAAUGGUCCUCAAGAUUGAAGUUGACCUCAAAGACGUUUUGAUGUAAGGUAACACGAGGACAGGGAUUUCCACGCUUUUCAAAACCGAUGACGCAACUUCGUCCUGCGUUCAGUAGCACGGGGAAAAACCGAACAUGAUAUUGUUAGCACCUCACGACUGAUUUGUUGCUUGACAUUUCUGCAGCUAUCAGCCCAAUUCCAGGUUACACACACUCACAUGUGCUCAGGCACACACACACACAUACACACACAGUCUUUUAUAGCUCCUUCACAGGAGAACUGGGUUCAUCCACUGGCCUCAGCCUGUGAAAAAAGGUCAAGCAGCAGAAUAGAAUGGCAAUAACCCUCCCAAAUGGUACUAUCACACAGACAUGAUUGAUCAAUUGAAUUCCAUGGCAGAGAAAAAUGUGGGAUUAAGUAGAGUAUUAUACGCACAAUGAGUUGAGGCAUGAUGUUCAUUUCAAGUUCAUUUCAGCUCCCUCUUGCCACCAGAUCAGGCAAUCAAUAGGGGCCUUGCAUAUCAUAUAUCACAGCUCUCCCACUGAGGGGAGAACAUAAUCUGCAGCAAAUUUAGAAUGACAGAUUUGUAAGGGGGUUGAAGCUUUCUGGGAUCCUGGGAGGAGACCUACAGACACAGUCACUGCAGCCAAAAGGAGAGGUGGAGGUGGAGGUGGAGGUGCAGCGGCUGGAGAGAGAGAGAGGGAGAGAGAGGGGGCGGGGAGGGGUCUGGAUGGUCUGUAUAAAGCGGCAUAUCCAAGUGACAACAGAAGUGAAGGCAUCCUUCUCCCAACAGUCGGGUAAUCAGGUCAGGAGUCAGGAGAAAAUUCCUGUGUUUGGAGAGCGGGAUGAUUGAACUACACUGUACAAUUUUAUUCAGCCUCUUGUCCUCUGCCCGCUGUUUCCAAAUGGAACCACACACUUGCAGGGAAUAAAAGCAGAAUUGAAUUGUUGAAGGGAAAAUGUGCUUUUUAGGGGGGGAAAAAAAAUCUGCCUGUAAUUCCAGCGAACAAAAAAUAGAAAAUCCUUUGGCUGGAAUGGAGAAAAAAAAGCUGUUGUAAUGGGCUGGCUGCUGCUUUCAUUAGUAUACAUGCUCGCCACAUGUAUAUAUUUGCAAGUGAUGGUAAUCCAUCAAUUACCAGAGGGCUUUCAGAUCAUGAUGUUGCAACUGUGAGAUGGAGGUUGCAGGAAAAAGCCUGUGUGAUGUAGCCAGUGGCUCACUACAGCUAUUAAGAAUAGGAAAAACCUGCACUUCAUCUCUUUCUGUCCUUCCUCUGGUCCCCCACAGAGGUGGUACAGAAAGGGGGGGAAAAAACAUGAGGAGAAUAUAAAGUGUAAAGCUUGAAAGUAAAAGGCCAGCUUCCCGGGGUCAGUGUCUCGAUUGUUGCUCUCUCUUCUUGUAGAUGGUUCAGAUGGUUCUGGCCCAAACAGUGAUUCUCAGGGUAGUGUGGAGAGUUUACGGAAACACCUUAGGGCUGAUGCCUUCACCCAACAGCAGCUGGAAGCACUGGACCGGGUCUUUGAACGCCCCUCGUACCCUGACGUCUUCCCAACAUCGGAGCACAUCAAACCUGAACAGGUUAGUAGCACUGUGACUUCAGUAAAUACACCGUACAAAUUGUGCAUGUGAUGCUGAAAACACACUUUUGUCACAAAUAUUCCCAAACCAUCCAGAAACUAAAGCUAAUUAAAGAAACGUCUGAGAUGGCCAAGCACUAGAUUACAACCCGGCAUGUAUAAUGCUGCAGGGAUCACCGGGAAAACUCCCACACAUUAUUGAUUUUGUGAUGAAAAACACAUUCCUUGUGUCCCGUAUAAUUGAGAAUAACAGUAAGGCAACAUGAAAUUAAUCAAUAGUUGCAUUUUUCUUCAUUUUUGCUGUGUUAUUCAACCGCUGCUUCUUAUCUUCACUGUUGAUUUUUCCAACGCUGUGUGAUAUGUUGAUGUUUAAUGACUGACGCCGUCUCUCUGUGCAUUCAUGAAAUGGACAUUUGAAAACCAUGUACUCUCCUGCUCCUUCCUCCUCGCCAUCCAUCCUCAUUUCAAAAAUUAAGAGGCGUUUGAGGAACAGCCACCCCCACACGCAAAAAAAAGCGACAGCCAGAAAGCAGCGCUUAUUAAAAGCUCUGGGCUUAUUACAAUGGAUAACCUUUAUUUACUUUCAUUAUACUAUUAAACAACAAGAGACUAUUAAUUUCUCCCACCAAACUACAAGUCGGACCCAUAAAGCAAAAGCAGUCGCCUAAUUGAGUUCAUUUUAAUUUCUCUCCAAUCGGGGCGAAUUACGCAGGUGAUAAAUCAGUGGGACAGGCCUCACCUCCAGAAGAGGGCCUAAUUUGCAGCUAAUUACAAAACUGAUUUCUACUGGAAGAUCAAUACCAAAACGAAUUGGAAAUGACUUGCAAUCACAAAGAGCGUCAGGGAGAGUAUUAAAAGGCAAAGGGAAAAGGGGUUGGACUAAAAAAAAAAAAGGGUGCAAGCAGGGGGAAAAAAAGAGGCCAAGAACAGUCUAGAAAAAUCAGGUUUAAUUUAAUGCAAUAUUAAUCAGAGCACUUUCCCUUUCAUGGGCGCCUCACGUUUCUUUUCCUCAGGAAAAUGUGGCCCUAUUAGCCAGUGUCUGGGUUCUGUAGCGGGGCAUUAAAAACCCAUUCUGGAGAUGCAAAACUCAAUGGAUUCACCCCUCCCACACUUCUGCUAGCCAUUUGGUCAUCCCAUUCAGACCUAUCUUUUCAGUUUUCCCCCUUCUGCCCUUUAUCUGCAUGAUAAAACGUCUGUUUGGCGUCUGAAGCCUGCGAGAAUAGAGGAAAACAUCCGACAUUGUGCCAGUGAACAGUUGUAGCAGACAAUUAGAGUUUAUCGGUGAUAGUGGCAGACAAGAGCGGGGUCACGGGCGUCCCCCCCUGUGGGAGCGAGGCCCACUGAGCCACUCAGGCUCACACUGGGCUUUGGACAAACAUUGUCAACACUCAGACUCCGGAAGUCUCAUCUCAUUAAAGGGGGAAAACCUCCCAACAUCUGCCAGAGGAGAGUCUUACAAAAGGGGACAAGAUGAGGAAACAGGAGUAUAGGAAAAGAUGACUUUUCUGAUUUGGUGGAAAACAAACAAGCGCUGCUGAGUCAAACGCUGAUGUUUGUUUGUCCCACUUACUCUGGCUAAUCCACUGACUUGGCUGUGAAAACUUUUUACUGGAACUGCUCAGGAAACAAUCCCAAUAAAGUGAUUAUAGUUGAUUAUCCUGAGUGAGCAGGAUGUUGUUUUCCGGAGAGACUGUUUGGCACUAAACGAAAUAUAUCAUGCAUGGCGAUGAAUAUUGAACAUCGAAAAGUUGGCUGCUCCAAUCAUUUACUCUUAUUUUCACCAGUCAUUUCUAGACUUACUUAACCCACUUUAGGCGGUGUCAAAAUAUUAUAUAGGUGAGAAGUUUGGUGAUUUAAACCAAUAAAUAAGUCCUCUUAAAAAUAAAACAAUAAAAGUUCAUUUUGUCUUACGAUAGAGAUGUAUUCAAAUCUAGACUAAUACUUGUGCUUUGGGGGAGAAAUCAAACGACACAAGUUUAUGUAAAUCUGAGAAUUUCAGAUCUAACAUGAGCUCAUGAAAUCAAAGAUAUCUAACUCUAGAUAAAAGCUAGAGCUAAUCUUUUAUUCGGCGAUAACUGGCGAGCUUGUCCUUUUACGCAACAUCCAGACGUACACAAUACGCCGAAAGCCCAGAUAAUCAAAUCGCUACAAGUCCAAGUUGUACAAAUUAUUCAAUUGAGAGAAAAGAUGUAAUGAAAUUUAAAGGUGGUUUAGACUCUAAAUUAAAAUCAAAAAGGAAAAAGGAAAAAAAAAAAAAAGGUGAAUGGUGUCCCUCAAACAGGCCACAUGGUGUGCUGGUAACAAAGCAGAACUGCUUUCUCCCUUGGCUGAUCAGGGGUAACACUGCAGUCAAGCACAAAGGGCCAGCUGACGCCUUGGCUUUUCACUCAUCUCAAAAUCCCACUUCCUCUCAGACAAUACCAAAAUACAUUCAUGAUAUGCUUGAACUGCCACCCUGCAGCUUGAACACACACGCACACACACACACGCAGGCGCUCACACACACACACACACACAUACAAAGCUCUCAUACAAAUUUAUACUCGUGCAGGCCUGUGUGGAGCGCUUAAUGGAGGAGGAGAAGGGAGGAUUUCCAUCUAGGUAUUGUUUGGUUGUGUAAUGAUUCAACUGUCCUUUUCCCAGGCUAAUGAGUACGCGCUCCCUGGCCUGAAUUCCAGCCUGGACGAAGUCAAGCCCAGUUUAUCCUCUAGCGCCAACCCAGACCUGGGCCCCAGCGUGUCGCAAAGCUACCCUGUAGGUAAGAUCAAGUGCCGCUCAGUCCGCCUUUAUGCUGCCGAGCCACAGCUUCAGCUGAGGGGGUUUGAUCGCUGUAAAAAAAGAAAGAAAAAAAAAAAAGAAAACAUGAUUGUGCAAUUGACUACGACGGAAAAACUAUGAAAUGUGUGGAAAUAAAAAGCGAAACCAAAAAAGUUAAGUGUGAAGACUUUUUUAAUACCGUUGCACUCUGAGCUGAAAAGGUGGUACGAUGAUGCGUUAAGAGCCCAGCAGCUGUCCUCAGUCUGCUUUUUUGCUGAGUUUGCAGGGGCACUAAGAGAGAUUGUGCGGUGUGAUGGGGGGCGGAGGGGCUGUUCAGUCACCGCUGGACAAGGACCUUUGGGUGUCAGCACAUCAGAACUAUGACUGUGUAUCAGAGCAAGGUCUCACAGAGAGAAAAAAAAAAAAAAGGGCCACCAUGCAGGACAGACUGCUUGUCGGCUGCUGUGUUGCUCCUGUGAUUUGUUCGCGGGCAGACAGUUUGUGUGUCUCAAAGCACGAGUAAUGUGCCUCGGUAAAUACGCUCUGGCAUUUCUGCCGCCUAACUCUAACACCAUGAUCAUUUAUUUCACCCUCCUAUCUCCCUUCUCCCCUCCUCUUCCUCUCCUCUCCUUGUCACAGUUAAUGACUGCCUGGCUAAUUGAAAUAUUGUUUCGAUGUUGCCGCGUUAUUACCAAGAAGAAGGUUAAGUUUACUGAAAGUUUACGAUGACUGUCGGAGAGCCUUGAGAUUAAUAUACGGAGCUUUUAUUAAAAUUCAUAUAAUUAUGCAGCAGCCAUCAAAGGCAACGAGUUCUGCGUGGGGGAGGACAGGGUGAUUGAAAAUUGCAGCAGCAGCAGCAGCAGCAGCAGCCCCCCUUCUCAAAUGAUAGCCGAGCAGCGUUAUGAGAAAAGAAAUGGCCCUUUUCUCAUUAAUAUGUGGGAGGUAGAUUUCCCCUGUAAGGCAGGCCUCCUGAGAAGAAAGGUGUGUGUUUGUCCUUUGUGCACUGAUGGCCCCUGUAGGAAGCAGGUCUGGUUCUGCAGGCGGCUUUUGUUUGCACCUGGGAUAUUUUUCUGCAGAGAGGCUCUCCUUACCUUACAGGUGCAAAGAGACACACAGAGGGAGAGAGAUGGGAUUGUAUGCAUGUGACUGAGUUUGUGACUGUAUCACAGGAGGGACGAGUUUCAAAAGUUUGAACAAAGUGGAAGAUCACAUUGAUUCUUUAGAAAAGUGUUUUACAAUAUUGUGUUGAAUUGAUUUAGUCAGUCAUGAUAUGAAUGUUUGAUGCCUAUCUCUAUAACGCAUUAAGAAAUAUAUGUAUAAUGUGUUAUAAUCACGUUAUAGCACUGUAUAUCUAUAGUUAUAAACACUCAUAAAUGAUCAUAAUGCUUUUUAGCAAAAACCAAAACACAUUAUAAAGUAUUUUAUCAUGACUUACAAGGUCAGGUAUUAUAAUGUGUUAUAACUGAUAUCAACAGUUGCAUUGCAUUAUCUAGUGAGUUGUUAACAGUUAUAACACAUUAUAAUACCUGACCUUGUAAGUCAUGAUAAAAUGCUUUAUAAUGUGUUAUGAUUAUUGUUAUAAAGCAUUAUGAUCAUUUAUGAGUGUUUAUAACUAUAGUUAUACAGUGCUAUAACGUGAUUAUAAUGUAUUAUAAAUAUAUUUCUUCAUGCGUUAUAGAGAGAGGCGUCAAAUAAAGUGCUACCGAAUUUCCUCCAAAUCAGUUCUGGGGUCAGUUAGUUAUAUAAGUUGACGCCAUGAUAAAACUGGUUUCACAGCAAUUACAUCAUCCUGCAAUACCUUCAGAUUAUUGAAAUACGAGUAAUUUGUUUUGAAUUAUAGAGAAAAAAAAAAGAAGAUAAAACUGUUAAAAAAUCGUAAAAAUGAAAGUCAAGGCAAAUUUAUGGAUGUAAAGGAGACCGCUUUUUUUAAGACAAAAAUCUUGGUCGAUAUUUUCCAAGGCCGAUAUUUUUAAAGGCCUCUUUCGAUAUACAAUCCUUUGUGUUUAUAUCAGCUUACAGUAAAGCUUCAAAAGAUAUCACGUGACUUUGAUUCCUGCCAGGAAUUUAAUGGGGGGAAAAAAAAGUUAUUUUCAAUCAGGAGAAAAAUCUUUAUAAUGAUCUUUUCUUCAGAGGAAAUUUGGAACUUUUUUUUCUCUAGGUCGACAUUUCGUUGAGUCUCAUUUUUCCAUUUCAACCAACUCACAAAAGAACAAAAUUAUGUAAAUUACAAGUUAAAAUAUCAACUAAAACUGUAUUUAGCGUUCUUAAGGGGACAAUAUCGGUAAAGUAUUUCAAUCUGUACUUUUCAGGCCCAUUUCACGCACUCUUCCAUUCACACCAACUCAAGAGAAACAACAAAAACAUGACAUGACAGCCCUGUAUCUUCAUUUUUUUUCAUUUUAUUUUAUAUUUUUGAUGCUGAUAUAUCGUUGCAAUCAGGAUAUUAGCACAUGAAGUACUCAGGUAGCUGUGAAAAAGUUUGUUUCCUGCUGAUAGAUCUGUGGAAAUAAAUCAUACAGAGGUCAAACUAACGGGACAAACACGUCUCUGACUUCCUCUAAUUAGUAUUUAGUUUGUGGCUCCUCAGCUCUGUUUUCCCUCAGUGCCCGCCUCUGUGGAUAUUGGGUGAUAUUCAGGUGUGUGGUCUCUCUAAUGGCUGAGUAUUACAGUUUACUUGCCAGCGAUAAGCCUACCAGAGGAAUUUUAAGCCUCGCAAAAAGUAGUAAAUUAUCUGCAGUGUUUAGGCUGAGAUCCAAUUUCAAAUUAAUUGUGUCUUUACGGGGGAAAGAACUGGAGAUUAUGUUCAUCCUUAAAAUGUUUUCCAACACCAAUUAAAACGCCUGCAGUUAUUGAUCUUGUUGAUUUUAUGUGCUGGAAUUUGCAUAAUCUAUUAAAAAUGAAUGAUUCAUGAGGUGCUCAUUGCCAGAGAUCGGGAUUCUGGGUGAAGUGAAAGACUUGAGAGAUAGAAAUCUUUUGUGUCCUCUGCUUAUCCUAUUAGGGGCUGAAAAGUACCUGCAAAGCAGGCUCAAAUAAGAAAGGGAUUUAAGGCCAUUGUGCACAUCAUCGAAAUUCAGAGGCAAGAAGUCACUUCCAUUAAAACCCGCUCCUUUUCUCUCUCCCUCUCCUCCACAUUAAUGCUGUAUUACCUGCUCAAUAGUCCCUCUUACCCCAUAAAAACACCAAAGGGUUCCAUGAAUAUGAGGAAAGGACAAUUGCAUAUUGUGAGGUAAUUUCUAUUGUUGAUAUGGGAAGUAAUUUCUUUGAUGAAUUCCCUUCGAGAGAUGGAUUUCAUCUCAAGUGCUUCUUAUUCUUGUUCAUUCGAACUGCUUAAAAUUCAAAGAGUGCAAGCGGAGAGUGAAUUUAUGAAUAGCAGAAGGAGGAGCUCAGAACUUUUUUUUGUGUAUUUUUGAGAAAUAAAUGGAGAGAUGGCCUUGAUACGGCCGAUUGUCCACUAUUUCUAUAGAGAGUCUCUGUAUUUCCUGAAAUUAGUCAGAGCCCACCUGUUUUCUCAACAGUGCUUCAGACUUAAGAGGCAUCUUUGAGCGCUGAGUGGAUUCCCCUGAGCACUCAGUGGGAGUUUUACACAUCUCCACUCGGUGACUGCAUACUGAAGACUCUUUAAACAUAUUCCCUGCUGGGCCUGUUAAUGGAGGCCUCCAAAGGCUCAAAGCCUGAGUGUCAAUGACACUUCUCCUCCUUAAGCAGCUGCUCCUGUUCCUGCUCUUUUAUCCUCUCUAAACAAAACCUCAUCCGGCAAACACAAACUAUCCACAUUCAAUUAAGCGGAGUGAGUGAGUGCUCUACACGGAAAGUACCAAGACCUGCCGUUGUCCAGUGAGCAGCGAGCAAAGAUCAGACGGUGAACCUGCCGUCAGUGACAUGUGGCCUCAUGACAAACAGCUCGCCCGUCUCCCCACAGGGGGACACGCACGCCCAGGCUCCGAAAUUAAUGCUUAUUUCUUCUUCACAAAAGCAAACUAACCUUUGAGCACACAUUUGAUAAUGAAUGACUUUCAGCAAGCGUUUGGGGAAUUAAAGCAAUUUGGCUCUCCAAACAUUCUUUACUUAGUUGUAAUUAAUUAGGGUGCUGAGAUUUUUUGGCUGGUGAUAAAUUGCCCCAUUCUGCAUAUAGCCUGGAAAAUGGAGGUCAAAGAUUUCGUGGUUGUUGUUGUAGCAAACAUGAAGGUGUCCCUGUCAUGCUAAAUUUAAUACUCUUGCAAGCAAAAGAGUCAUUCACAAACGACUUUGUUCCCGUGCCAAACACAGAGAAGGUCACCCUGUGUUUUCUGUUUGUGGUUUAAGAAACCAAAUUAAUCUUUUUGCAAAGUCUGAUCAUAACUUUUGUUGUCGUGCUGUUGUGGGUUGAGAUAAACUCAUGAAUCUCCUCAGUCCUGGCAAAAAAACAGCGAAACGCUUCAAAAGCACAGCUCCAGCAGUACUUAAUGCUGUCAUUUGCUCUCAAUUUGUUCUUCAUUGUCAGACUGCAAACAGAGGAAAUACUGUAUUCCCAGCUCAUCAGUGACUGUUACAAGCCACUUCUCAAAUUAAGACACAAAUCAACAGGCUUUUGUUACAGCAAACCAAAAAAUAUUUGAUUUUUUCACAGGCAGCGAAAGAAAGAGGACAGGACAGGGGAAAAUAAAUCACUUGAUUUGCUGGCGUUCAAUCUAAGGGGGCUGUCAGAGGAAAAGAGACAAUAUAAAGAAGGUCAUCUUUUAAUGAGAAUCUGGACACACAUCUCUGUUGAAAAAACAACAAAGGCUAGCAAGCAGCUAAUGAGGCUAUCAUUGCUGUACAGAGAGUUCUCCAAGCUGGCGCCUCUCUGAAAGAGGCGCUUUAAAGCGGACAUAAAGCAGCAGUCACAGUGCUGCUGGCAGUCACUGCCAACUGUACCCUGGAUUAUACAAAAACAGGUUUCAACAGAGGCUGCGGUUCUUAGCGACUAUCAACCAGUUAUGACUGAAACAGACCGCAAAGAGCAAGGAUACAUACACAAAUCUUUAAAGCUCAUCCACUGAGUGAAACAAAACACUUUUUCACAUCUUUGCUCUUUUUUCUACGCAGAUUACGAUUCGGCUUUUACCAAAAUACAGGAUUGGUUUUUGCAUAUGUACUUUAAAAAAUAGGCAAAAAAAACUAAAUGUGCUCAGUUUUUGCUUCUAUUGCUGGUAUCAAGAUAUCAAGAUAUUGAUCAUGUAUUGGCAGAUUCAUUCAUCCUACUUAAAGUCAUUUUUUCCAGUCAUUUUCUGAUUUUAUUAAACUUUCUAAUGGACUUUGAUGCAUGGAGAGAUACAUUAAAACACACUUAAAAUAGUUUAACUUAUUUCUAAAUAGAUGAAAAGUUUAGCUGCAAUUUCCUUUUAUAAAGCAACUUCAAGUUGAAACUGUCGAUUUUUCUUGAUGCAUUUUUUUCUGUCUGUCUUCAAACCUUGAUCCCAGAUGUUCCCUUUGAGCAUGCUCAGUAACAGUUGCUAUCCUGCUCUCGAUUAUGAAUUUUAAUCUUUUUUAAUGGCGCUAAUAAAGAGAUAACAGUGUUUACUUUUAUUACACAUGUAUGACUGCUGCAGCUGCUGCAAUAAUAAUGUAAAAAAAAAAGAUUGGGUCAGUGCUCACUGAGACAGUUAGACAAUAGUUAGCUAUGCCCACACACACACACACAGACACACACUCACACACUCACAAUAGCCUCAACCCUGCAGGACCCCCCACCUGCACUACUCCCCCGGCUCCCUUUGACUUAAGUGCACUGGCUUGUGGCUAACUAAUUCUUCUUAUAAAUGAAAGGUCUAGCAUGACCUCACUCUUCUCUGCAAAGCUCCUCAACUGCAGCAGCGUCUCGCAGAGAUUCAACCAAAGACACAUCUCACCGCUUCUCAGACAAUACGACCGGCAGUGCCGAGAUUUGCAAAUAAAAGAGAACAAGUGUUCGACAUUUGGCCGAUUUGUUUCGUUUUCUAAUUUUUGAUCAGAAAUGGAGAAGUUAUAUUUUUAUACCCUGGGCUUUCUAUGUUUAUUCUGAUGUAUUUAAUGUCUUUUAACUUGUUUUUGUGACUGCUACUUGGUGGCCUGAGCAGACCAACAGAAAAUAUAGUAAAAGUAAAAUUAAGACACCUCUAAAAUGCAGUAAUUCUGCACCAGUAUAGAUUAUUUCAUCCACUCUCUAAGUCACAAACUCAGCGUGACAACAUCCUUGAAAAAGUCUUGAUGAUCUGAUCACAGUGUUACGUGUAUUUUUGUGUUUCAUGGUCAAAAAUUUGUGCAAACUAUGAAAGGCCUCCUUCACUCCUCCCCUUAGCAGACUAGAGUCUUGUGAACUUCCAGGUCUUCCACCAGCUUCAUCAGCCGUUUCACUCCCUGGCCCCCAUGACUCACUCUUAGUUAAACCAAUGAGUUGCUCAUGAUAAUGAACCUUUGUGAAUUAGAAAAACAAAUCUGAAUUUGCCUGUGGUUUGUGCUCUCGUAGGUAACGCUCACUGGCAACAACAUUUAAAUUUGAUAUUUAAGAAGUUCUGUACGCAUUUUAAGUUUUAGCUGAUUGUUUUAACCCUUAAAUGCUACAUUCACAACCAUCAGUGGCAUUAAUUUUAGAUUUUCUGGGUGUAUUUCUGGCUACUGAACCCGAAAUCUUUGGUUUCUUUCAUAUACAAUCACUUUUCAUGCAUAAGUAAAACAUGCACGGACUAAGAUAACUGACCCAAGAAGUAAAAAUAAAACACUGUACUUGGAAAGCUAUCACAAAGACCAUCAGGAAACUAUGAAAAAAGUCUUUCUUGAUGUUAAAAGAAAGUAGAUGUAGAAAGCGCCUCAUCUCUUUCAAAACAAAGGUUUUCAGUCUAAAGCGUCACUUGGAGCGUUGUAAUUAAACAGGCCUCCACUAGGCUCUGAGUUCGACCUAUUGUGGAUCAUCUUGAUGAAAACUUCUCUCCGCAUACUUCAGGGCGUUUGUUUUUCCUGGACCGUGUUUGUAAAGCCGACAACACGGACAACAGUUGUUCUGUGGCGUUAAAGUGCGUUUCAUCUCCUGAUUCCUCAUUAAAGCUCAAUUCGGCGAGGAUUUUCCUUUCUGAGUCCAAGUGGCCCUCACAGCUGACAAUAUAACAGGGGCCUCUCUUGCCCCGGCCCCUGUGCAGAUUGGGGUUACGUGCCGUUGUCCAAACGUUCCCGUGGUCAGCGAGGACAGCCCAGCCGUCACUCUUAAUUACAGAGCUGAAUAUCUGCAGAGUGACGCUGCGCCGAGGGGCCGGUGCGCUCCGACUUUACAGCCACAGAGGAGGGGAAAAAAAAAAAAAGAGAAAGAGGUGCCCUGUGGGAGUCAGUAAAGGCUGCCAUAUAUAGGCAGGUUUGAACUGUGUAAUGAGGACACAUGCUCAUGUGACCGGAGUUCAGCUGCAUCUGUUGGCUUGUUUUUUGUUCACGUGUCAGAGAGGUGACCAAUGCCUCUCAGUUCAGGCUCACAGAUUUGUCUUUAAAAUGUCGGCUGUUUGAGUCGAUCUGAGGCGUGCCGACUAAAUCACACGGAGAUGACUCGUGACAGUAACUUCUUUUGUUGUUCAAACAUGAAUUGGCUGUAUGCUACUGUCGUUUUUUAUAUUUGAUAAAACUCUUGAUAUUAACAUCAUGUAUGGGGGGCAUCUGUGAAAUGCAAACUGGUGAUAUUUGCUGUAAUGCUUUUUUGAUUUAUUUUGAAUGACAUCGGCUUAAACUUGAAAACAGGACUGUAAUUUGUGAUUCAGCAACGUGUUUCAAACUGGGUACAAUUAUCCCUUGAAAACUGCACUGAGGAAAUGUAGGGGUGUUCAAAAACUGAAAAAAGUUCACAAAAAUAUCCGUACAAAUAAAGAACUGAUAGAAAUUUAAUGUUUUAUUACCAAUAUGAUAUUACCACAAUACAGAUCGCUACAUUCAUUAAGUAUAACAAGGGACACUUAGCAGUCCAUAUGGAUAUUGCAAAUCGUUUAAGUGCAAAUUUAAGUGAAGUCCUCCAUUCAGGUUUAUGUCCACAUACCUUUGCAGGUUACAGAUCGUAGGUUGUGUCACUUUGUCCGUCUGACUCGGUCUUGACUUGUGUUGUACUGACACUCAGACGUACAGUGCUCACCUUAAAUGAGUACACCCCUUCGGAGUUGUCAGAAAACCUUUAGCUUCCUUUCAAAAUCAACAUUUUCUAUGUCACACUAUAUAACAAAAUACUCCCCCAAAUGAAGGCCAUUGAUUGCAAACAAGACUUUUUUUAAGUUGCAUACAAAAAAGUUUUUUUUUUUUUCAAUUUAAAACCGGGGUGCAAAAAUGAACACCCCAAUCAAAGUUCUGGGAGCAAAGCUAAAUUUUAGUUACCAUAUCGCCCUUAUUUUCAUCUUAUAGUAAAUAAAAUGUUAUGUCAAGCUCAGCUUUGUCAAAACUUUGGAAACUGUAGAUAAAGAUGUCAUCUGUGCUUGUUUACAUCCGGGUAGUAGAGCGUUAUAUCUAAAUAGCAUUCACCAAUAACCAAAGCUACAUCCCUUGCUGGCAGCUGGCGGCUGCACUCUAGCGUUGACAUAAUACAUGACCAGCUCUUCAGGUCUGCUAUAGAAGAAUAUUAAUCCCUCAUUUAAAGCAAUUCUGAGGAGUUUUUAUACCUUUAUGAAACGGACUAAAAUUCAUACUGACGCCCUGUUAUGAUGUGCAAAAGAAAAUAUAACCAUCAGCUACAAGGUGGACAUUUUUCUGUACAAAAUACAAAAAGAUUACCAAGCAAAUUACGCACUGGUGCUCAUUUUUAACUGCAACUGUGAGGCUUAAAAUGUUGAAGAUUCUUGACUGAAGUUAGUUUUAGUUAUGGAGAGUUUAAUUUGUGCUUUUAAGCCUUUUUUUUUUAAGAACACAGGACAAUGGAUAGAGCAGGACACUAAUAGAGAAAGGGCAGGAUAACAUGCCAGAAAAGGGCAACUGAUUGGAAGUGAACCCAGGCUAAGAACUUGCAUGGAGUGGGAUUUAACCACUGGGCCAAAAAAAAUUGUCAAUUUAAGUUCAUAUGAAACAAUAUUGAGUUUUUUCUUUGAAGUUAGCAUCCUAAUUAGCAUGUCCUCUUAGCACUUGGAAGCAUGAAUGAAGUUUGUUUUUGUUGUAUCUUUGUCUCCCCAGGUCGAGAUAUGGCCAACACAACCUUACCUGGGUAUCCCCCUCACGUCCCUCCCACAGGCCAGGGCAGCUACCCGACCUCCACCCUCGCUGGAAUGGUUCCUGGUGAGUGUGGGACGUCGUCGGUUCUGAUCAGCUUUACAGGUGUCAUUGCCCUCGAUCCAAACAGGUGUAGAAGCUGUGGAAGCAGAGGGACGACACUUUAACGCCAAAUUACACAAAGAGACUGUAAAUAUUGACCUGCAGAGUAAGAGGCACGCACAAUCUUAUAUUAGCUUAGUGUGUAUGAGUGGAUAAGACAGGCUGAAUAAGUGAUCAGACAGUGGAGAGGACAGUCUUUCCUGCGUCUCCUCUCUGCCUUAUUGGCUCAUUAUCUCUCCGUGUGGCCGUUCAUACCAGCCGUCGAUAAACAGCACCAGCAGCCGCCGUCUCCUGCAUCGGAGUUCUCCUGCAGAGCAUACCCUCUUCUCCUCCUCUACUUAACCUGCAGUUCAGGUUCACGGCAAACAGUUAAGGGUCAAAAGGCAGAGGCACGGGAGCCCCGUAAAUAUUCAAAUCGCUCGACUCUCUAAGGAGGUCGGGUUUGUGUUUCGCUGCCAGAACAGAGCAGGGAUGUAGUUUUUGGUGCUGCUGCUUCUUCAGCUCUAUCAUUCAACCCCCCUCACCACGCUCACACUCACACACACAUUUUCACCUAAACACAGCCGGCAUUUUGCUUGAAUGAGAUUAAACAGCAUAGCAGGGGAAACCAGUGGAGUGUGUCCUGUGUUAGCAUAUCAUUUACCAAUCACACAACCCAUCACAGACUCUGGCUGUUCCUCUUCGCUCCUUUAUGAAGCGCCGCCAUGACGUGUUUCAUUAUCACUUCAGCCAAGAGCGUUAUAUAACUGUCCUGUUUGUUUUUGUCCGUCAGUCUUGACAAAAACUUCAAAAUAAGGCGCUUCUUUCGAGACUUUCUCAAGAAAAACAGGAAACAAAUUUUUAACUUCUGGUACACAUCAUGCAGCACAGAUAGAUUCAGCGUAUACUCAUUGCAUUGAGGGUGAUUUGAUUGAUUUAUAUCUUUAUUUCGAUCAUGUAAAUGAAACUUUAAAACAGUUAAAAAUACAAAUACGUGACAAUGAGUAAAAAACAAAACAAAACAAGACAGUAGCUGAAUCUGCGAUGUAAAAAUAUAAUUGGAAAAUUUUACUUUGUUGAAUAUUUUAGCAUUUAGAUAAAAUGACUUUAGCUGCAUUUCCAUUACAUUUUUUCGCAAAAUAAUUUUUGCGAAUUUUUUUUUUCAAAUUUCGAAUAGUGUUUCCAUUACACUUUUGCGAUUUACUUCUAUAUCGACGCGUCUGAAAAACCACCUCAUGAGAGCGUAAAAACUUUUUAGCGAUAUUUGAGAGGUUUUUCGAAAUUUAGGUGUUUCCAUUACAAGUUUUCUAUUGCGAUAUUUAGGUUUUGCGCAAAUCUAUGGGUAAUGGAAUGGAAUUUGAAAAAAAGAGCAUUUACUUGACUUAAGCUAUUUUCUCGUUUAAUUAUAUUUGACCAAUCAUGCUCCAGAUCUGCUUUAUAAAGACAAUUAAACACGUGCAUGUUCAGUAAUGUCAGGUGUGCUCUCUAUGCAUUUUCUUUUUUUGUUGUUUUCUUGCUAUUGUUGUCAAAAGCUACCUUAAAGACGUAUGUUUUUAAAAGCUGUGCAAUUAGCUAAUUACAAAGGCACUCUAGGUUUAGUUCACGAUUUUGGCGAAUAAAAAUGUGUUUCCAUGUUAGUGGAAAAGUGUCAAGUCAAACACACUUUCACUUCCCAUUCGUUCUUAUGUGGCACACAGCAAAAAAAAGAUGAGGGGCCUUAAUCCCAUGGCUUGUGGUUUUGUGUUACAACCCAUUCAUCCUACAACCCAACACAACCGCUAAGAUUUAGUGACAGGCACAAAACACAGUUAAAGCAAAGCCAUUUCUCAGCAGCUUCAUAUAAAAUCUCGCCUUUAUCGUCUCAUAAAGGGGAAAGAAACCAACAGCAGCAUUCACUGACAUGCUCCAAGUUACUUCCCCAGCAAUGAAACCCUGUUGUAGCAAACACCGAAAGCUCAGACCUGAAGGGGCUCAGAUCAGAGACGUUAAAAAUUCCUCCAAGAAGGGUUGCGGGAUUUAUUACAGCAUAUCAAAAAUGUAUGCAUGAAGCUGUUUAUUACCACUCUCUAUUUAUUAGAGCUCUUUGGAAUAUACUGGAGGAAGAAGAAUGGGUAGAUAUCCAUAAAUGGGACAGGGAAAGCCGCCUUCAGUGUCACAUCCUGUAUUGUUCAGUGUUGCAUAACUUAAGUGAAAUGAAAAAGAAAUAAAUUACUUGCUUGGCUGGUCGCACGACGAUGACUAUCAUUUUCCCCCUCAAAUUGCAUCCUGUUUUGAAUGACGAGAAAUGACUGCAUGUGAAGAAGGGGUAAUGGUUUGACGCAUUGAAAUGCUAAUUGAUUUGUUGUUUUGUUUUGCAGGGAGCGAGUUUUCGGGGAACCCCUACAGCCAUCCACAGUACACAACCUACAAUGAAGCCUGGCGAUUCAGCAACCCAGCAUUACUAAGUGAGUAGACAGGAAGAAGCUGAAUUAGAGUCGUUAACAGACUGCUUUCCAAACCCCUCCUCCUCCUCUUGUCCAGUUGUAGCUUUAAAACCAUAAGCAGCACACUUGGCAGAAAGCUACGGAAGUGAGGCUGGAACAAGAGUGUUAACCUGCCUGUGAAGGGUCUGGGAUGCAGCCUCUUUCUGAAUUCAUAAUACCAAACAUAUGAUUGAAAUAUAGACUAAAGCUCCUAAAGUUGCCUCUCUAAUUUGCUCACUAUUGAGUAGGGCUGGGCGAUAAACCAGAAGAUGUUCCAAUACAGAAAUUAACAACAAUAAUCAACGUUAUUUUGCCCAUGUCAAUAUAUUUGGCGUCAAAAAAUAAAUGAAAGUUGGUUUUGGAUGUGUGUACGUAGGCUAUGGUCUCAUGACCCUUUAAGACGCUGUUCUACAUCAGAGAUGUGACUCAAAGAGGGAAAGACAAGUGAGGAGAUGGAGGACGGUACAAAAGUUGUAGCAGCUGAAGUAGAUGAAGUUAAUUUGGGAGGGUGUUAGCAGCUUAUGGAGUAGUUAUCGUCCAUUUAACUGCUCAAUACAUUGUGAUAUUGAUUUGAGGCCAUAUCGCUCAGCCCUACUAUCUACAGCAGUUAGUUAGUGUUGGGUAAUGUUGCCUAUAAAAGAAACUUCCUAAAACUUCUUUAAAUCCCUGAAUAAUUAAGUAUGUUGUUUAUGCUGUCCAGGCAGAAUGAAGGAUGGAGAGUCUACGGUUGAUAUCUCCUCCACCACAAAACCAAGUGUAUAACUUUUUGAUUUUUUUUUUGAAGCUAAAUCAUAAACAGCAUAUUUCUCCUCUUCAUUCUGCCUUGCCACCAGUGUCGCAGAGCUAUUCUAGAUUCCAGUUCCUUCAAGUAGCUGUACCCUCAGAGGCUUAUUAGCUUACAUUUGCGAUACCUUUCAGGGAGUAGUUAGCCGGAAAAAAAAAAGCGGUGACUAAGGCUGUGUCCGAAAUGAAUCACUCAAUCACUAACCCUUAACCCCCAUAUGGGGUUUCACUAUAUAGCUGACUAUGUAAUGAGCUCAAUCACAGGAGGUUUCAGACACUACAUGGCAUGACGCAAUGUAUGACGGGAUCUCCAUCACCGGUGAGCGACCAUCGGAUGGUCACUACAUUUUGCAAUGCUUUAUGGGAAAUUUAGAGUCGCCUAUAUGGGGCACUGGAAUUGAUCACUCAGGUUUCGGACACCCCUCAAAAUGGCGCUAACCCCCAUAUAAUCGCCUGUAUAGGGGUUAGGGAUCCAUUUUGGAUGCAGCCUAAGUUUUUUUGCUGAGUCAUCAGCUGAGAUUCGGUUACUUAGUUUGAGAGUCAUAAAAAAACUGCCUUGAACUCCUUUUUGAAUGUGCCAUCUGUUCUAUAGAUCGGUUAGGUUGAGCAACACAAGGGUGAGGAAGAACAAACAGAAUAUGAUCAUGAACUUUAAAGCCGUUUCAACCACUAUAUCUGCGUCUUUGUCAUGUUAGAUCAACUGUUAAUCUAUCAUGAUGGUGAUAAAUUGGGUAAAUGGCCGUUUAAACUGUUUUUGUUGUUGUUUCAAAUGGUUCGUUCUUCUGUUAACUUUCAGGUUCCCCUUAUUAUUAUAGUGCCGCAUCGAGAGGCUCCGCCCCUCCCACUGCUGCCACUGCCUAUGACCGUCACUAGUUACCAUGGAAACCAAAUCAACCUGCAGGACCAUGGCCUUAGCCUCCAUAUUGCCCCGGUGUGAGCGGCAUGGUCCACUGGACACUGAGCAACUGCGCGUAACAUGUUCCUGACUCACACAAUGAGACACUGAACUGAGUUUUGUUUUUUUUUUUUUCUUUGGGACUCCAGAUGACUUCCCUUCUUUCACCACGAAGCUUUUUUGGGACAUUCAAAGCCAAAAAAUAAAAAAAAUCAGCAAGACAGCACCAGAGACACUGAAAGAAGCUGCACACACGACGGUAACAACUGCAGCUGGUUACAGAACAAAAAAAAAAGAAGACUGAAAACACAAAUUUAUUUUCCUCCUGUAGCAGAAUCACCGUUUCAUCCCAUCACGGAUCAAUACUGUACAUUCCUUGUCUUGACGGCUCUCUGCAGGGACGCUGUCCAGAGCUUAAAAAUGUAGCAGCAGCUUUUAUUUUUCCUUUUACCAUUCAUCUCCCCCCUCGAUUCAGACGGCGGCGCGGCGAGAUCAGAGGAGAUUAGCAGCGGCACACGCAGACUGUGGCGGGCUGACAUUGUUUUCUAUCCAUCUGAAACAGUCACCGACCAAACAUCCAGCAUGACUAAAUCGAACGCUUUUGAUGCCAUGAGAAGAUUAGGACAUGUUCUCUGUGAUACACAAUCAAGAUGUAAAAAUGAAAAUGAAAUAAUAAAGAAACAUCUGUUGGGGAAAAAUAGACAGAGCCAUGACAAUAUAUCACCAUGGCUCCCUGUUUGCAAGAUUUCAAGAAACUAGUAAAUAUAUUCUUAAAAUAAUUUUUUAUUUCAUUUUUAUAAUUCGUAACCUGCAGACUGCUUGGCUAGUGUUUCACUGUUUCUUAUUUGUCAGGAUUCAAGAGGUCAUCAGGCUGUUUUUCUUUGUGUGUGUUAUUUUUGCACUAUUUUUGGAGGUUUGCAACACUGGAGCGUUAUUAUGCAGAAAAAUGAUGAUGCAUAUUUUUGCUUUAUUUCAUGAACCUGACUGUAAGUCUAACGAGUCUGCAUCUGAAAAAGGCACUUACAGCUUCACCGUUUUUUCCCUGUUAAUCAAGGCCCAUCAUGUCACUGCCUUGACGUGCACUACUAUUUUCUCACAGCUUGUGUUUUUUUAUUUAAGUCGAUUAAGUCUUUGGCAUCCAACCACAGGUGAAAAAAAGAAAAAAGAGAGAGAUAUAAAAGCCAUCCUAAUUCAAACCAGUACAAACAUUUGUCUGUUUCAAAGCCAGAGGCGUCCGGGAUCACUCCGAUCGGAUCUUUCUGACGCCUCCAAUAAAGUCAAAAACGCAGGGCGACGAUUUCAGCUAAAUGCCUUAAACAUGUUCCCUCUUUACUUUCGCUCCCUCACUUUUCAGGCCAAGGUCUUUCUUUGAAUCAGCUGGCAUUAUCGUUUCCUCAUCUGUCAAGUGAAUGUAUUCGCAUUUGCCAAAGACUUAGUUCUAGUUCUUGUUAAUUUACAGGCCGUCUUUUCGCAUCAUGUGAGCAGUAUUAUUAUUAUUAUUAUUAUUAUAAUUACUAGGAAAAACCCACGUUGUUCAUGAGGAAAAGUAUAUGUAUAAAUUCUAUGCAGUGCAGAGAUGGUCAUCAUAUGCAUAUUCAGCUGUAAACCUAAAGGUAGGUGGAGUUUAUUUAAUUGUUAUGUUAUUUACAAAUUGUUCAUUUUGUAGAAGGAUUUUUUGUGUGUGAUGUGAAGACACUUCUCUGUAAAUACAGUAAGAAAAAAUGUCUUUCAUGUUCAUGGGUAUUAUCACUUUCAUUAUGCUGGUCUCACUUGUACAAUAAUAAAAGUGUCUGAAAUCUUUUACGCAAAAAGGA